CACCAAUGUUCUUUUCCAUUCUAAGUAAGCAACAUCAUCUUAUAUAUUACUAUUCACCGUAAACGAAACACCAUUAUCAAUCUUUGUUAAAGCUUAUAGCUAUUACAAAGAAAAAAAUGAAGAAAGUUAAGGCAUUUAUGAAACAGAUCACGAGUGCCUUCAAAACAAGACUCCUCAUGUUGUCCCUCGUGAAAGACAAGAAGCUAGGGUUCCGCUCAAUUUCCAACAAGAUCCACAACCUCCUAGGUCAUGCAGAUCAAGACCAAGACAACGACCACGACGAAGACGAGAGCAAGGCUAUAAUCCUCUACAAUAAUGGGGUAUCCACAGUGGCUAACCAUGAGAGUUACGAAGUACAGGAGGAAAACGACAAGUAUCCUGAUAUGACCCACAAGUUGUUCGAAGGAGAGGAGGAUUUUGAGGAGUUGGAGGAAUGUCAAGGAAAUUCUGUGAUAGAUAUGGUGAGGAGCUCGAAGGAAGAAGAAGGAGGAAGUUUCAAGCUAGAAGAUGAGAUCGACCAUGUCGCAGAUCUCUUCAUUUCAAGGUUUCAUAAGCAGAUGAAGCUUCAAAAACUCUUGUCAUUCAAGAGGUAUCAGGAAAUGCUAGCCCGAGGCACUUAAAACUCAUAUCUAUUUACUUACACAUGCAUGUUGCCACACAGAUAUGAAGAAAAAAAAUAAUAUUGUGUGUUCUUGAUCAUAAAUCCUCCGUGCCUCUUAUUUGCUAGGAUCAAAUAUUAUGAUCUAUUAAUGUUUUUUUAGUUAUCAAGCUAGGGUGAAAGAAGAUCUGUUUUGCAAUGUGUUUUCUCCUCGAGGUUAUAUAUGUCUAAGAUCUUUGAUGUGUUACAAUAUAAGACAUUACUCUUCUUCUUUUCC